AUGGAAAUGGGUCUAUCACUGGACGAAACAAAGGAAGAAUUUGACCCAGAGAAUGUGAUCAAGAAGUUUGAAGAAAUAAGCAGGAAUGCAGGAAAAGUACAGGAAGAAACGCUAAGGAAGAUACUAGAAGAAAACGCCUCGGCCGAGUACUUGCUAAACGUAGGCCUUAAUGGAAGAACAGAUGAGGAGAGUUUCAAGCAAUGUGUUCCUCUUAUAACUCAUGAGGUUAUAGAACCUUAUAUUCAAAAAAUUAUGAAUGGAGAUUCUUCUCCUAUUAUUACUGGCAAACCUAUCCCAUCCUUUUCUUUGAGCUCUGGAACAACUCAAGGGAAGCGCAAGUUUUUACCUUACAAUGAUAAAGUCUUUGAUACCACCAUGCAAAUGUGGUAUACUUCUUUUGCAUACCGAAACAGAGAGUUUCCCUUAACAAAUGGAAAAGCAUUGGCAUUUGUUUACAGUAGCAAACCGUUUGUAACUGAAGGAGGGCUUAUUGCUGGAACUGCAACAACACAUGUUUUCCGCCACCCAAAAUACAAAGACUUAACCAAGUGUAUACGAUCCCAAAGUUGCAGCCCAGUUGAAGUCAUUUUCGGGUCCGAUUUUCAUCAAUCAUUGUACUGCCAUCUUCUGUGUGGCUUAUUGCACUACGACCAGGUCCAAAUAAUUUCUUCUUCAUUUGCUCACAGCAUCGUUCAAGCGUUUCAAACAUUUGAACAAGUUUGGGAAGAUCUCUGCUCUGAUAUCCGAUUUGGAAUCUUAAACGAGAGAGUCACUGAUCCCACUACUCGUGCUGCUAUGUCCGAAAUUCUCAAGCCUAACCCAAAGUUGGCUAACAUGAUCUACUACAAAUGCUUGGGUUUAACCAAUUGGUAUGGCCUUAUACCAGAGCUUUUCCCAAAUGCUAAGUAUGUUUUAGGGAUAAUGACAGGGGCUAUGGAGCCUUAUGUUAAACAAUUAAGGCGGUAUGCCGGGUGGUUGCCUUUGGUCUGUGCUGAUUAUGGAGCUUCUGAAGGAUGGAUUGCAGCAAAUGUCAACCCAAGAUCACCUCCUGAAGAGGCUACCUUUGCUGUUCUUCCGAACAUUGGAUACUUCGAGUUCAUUCCUUUGAAUGAGACUAGGAAUGGUGGUGCUGAACCAAAACCAAUAGGACUUGCUGAGGUUAAACUUGGUGAAGAAUAUGAAAUCAUCCUCACCAAUUUUGCAGGUUUAUAUCGUUACAGGCUAGGAGAUGUUGUGAAGGUAAUGGGGUUCCACAACUCGACCCCAGAGCUAAAAUUCAUAUGUCGUCAGAACCUAAUGCUGAGCAUCAACAUAGACAAGAACACUGAGAGUGAUCUACAAAUCGCGGUAGAAGAAGCUAGCAAGUUAUUGGCUGCAGAAAAGGUAGAACUGAUAGAUUUCACCAGUCAUGUGGAUUUAACCAAAGAAGUAGGCCACUAUGUGAUAUUCUGGGAGCUAAGUGGUGAACCUGAUGAAAAUGUGUUGAAGGAGUGUUGCAAUAGCUUGGACAAAUCUUUUGCUGAUGCAGGGUAUGUUAGCUCGCGCAAGGUGGGAUCGAUUGGACCGCUCGAGCUUCGGAUUCUGAAGAAGGGGACCUUCAAUAAGGUGUUGCUGCAUUGCUUGAGUAUGGGAACUGCUGUUAAUCAGUUUAAGCCACCAAGAUUUGUUUCUGAUAACAAUAAGCCAAUCUUGCAAAUUGUGUGUGGUAAUGUUGCUAAAAGUUACUUUAGUACUGCAUAUUAGCAACUUAUAAUUAGAGUGAUGUGUUUAAACAUCCAUAAUAAGUUUAUGUUAAUUUCUAGUAGUAAACCUUAUGUUUUUCUCAUUGACAGAGAACUAAAGUUUUAUUAUUUGUCUUUCAUAUGCUCUUUCUGUAGCCCCAUUUAUCGCCUGAUUCCAGUUUUUAUUUUUUUUUUAAUUUUUUUGGUGUUAGAGCGUGAUUUUAGUUGCAAUUAUUAAAAUCUAAGCUAGCUUUCUUUUGGUUUUCAAGGUUUUUUUUUUUUUUUUUUUUUUUUUCAUGUGUAUAUAUCAAUUAAAAAACAAAACCGAUUUUUUUUGUUUUUUAAACAACUGUCCGAUCCACUUAAAUUUAGA